UUGAAGGUCACGGUACGAGGUAAGUUGCCCGUCGCUAGUGAAGAUCUGUGCUUCGCUGCUCCUCGUACUGCAACCUACUGGCUUCGGAGUAAAUCCCAGCAUCCGGCCUCCUACCUAAUAGAUCCAGACGUCGCCGUUAGAGGAUACACCUCUAAAGAGUCCUGUUGUCUAACAAAGAAGCCCUGAAGAGAAGGAAAAGAAAAGGAGUCAGGAAUGGCUCUUGCUGAGGGUCAGUUGACAUUGAAUGAUGUGGUCAUCGAAUUCUCUCAGGAGGAGUGGGAAUGCCUGGACCCUGCUCAGAGGGCCUUGUACAGGGACGUGAUGCUGGAGACCUACAGGAACCUGAUCUCCCUGGAUAUCUCUCAGAUACAUGUGAUCAAGAAAUUACAACUAAAGUCAAACACCGAUAGAGGUGGAGUAUUCCAAACAUUGAUGUUGGGAAGUCAUGAAAGCCAGGGAAUCAAACAUUUUUACCUCCUGGAAAUUCAGGAAAAUAUUUAUGACCAUGGUUUUCAGUGGAGAGAUGAUGGAAGAAGUUACAAAAAUAUCCCUAUAUUCUGUCACCAAGAUGUCACUGAUAGAAGUCCACAUGGCGGAAGGGAUGCAACAAACAAGCCUAUUGGAAAUAGACUUCUGUUAAGUCUUCAGGAUGAACUAUAUAUGUUUAAAAGUAAACAGAAAAUUGAUGAAUUUAAUAAAGCUGUUAAGAGUAUCAGCAGUAGUUCCUCAUUUUCCCCACUUCAAGGAAUUUCUCCUCCUGUCCAAAACAACAUUUCUAAUAGAUAUGGGAGUGAUUUUAUGCAUCCUUCCAUACUGACACAAGACCAGAGCCCACACACGGAAGUACCUUACAAGUGUAAUAAGUGUGGCACAACCUUUCAUCAGGUCUCAAAUCUCAGGAGUCAUCAGAGAAUCCAUAUAGGAAAGAAAUUGCAUAAAUGUGAUGUAUGUGACAAGGUCUUUUGCCGAAAUUCAUACCUUGUAAUUCAUCAAAGAGUUCAUACUGGAGAGAAACCUUACAAGUGUAAUGAGUGUGGAAAGGUCUUUGAUAAGAAAGGAAGUCUUGCAGUUCACCAGAGAAUUCAUACUGGAGAGAAGCCUUACAAAUGCAAUGAGUGUGGCAGAACCUUUUCUAUCGGCUCAUAUCUCAAAAGACAUCAGAUAACACACAUUCAAGAGAAAUUAUAUAAGUGUGAUAUAUGUGGCAAAGUCUGUCGUCAGAAUCUAUCCCUUCAACGUCAUCAGGGAAUUCAUACUGGAGAGAAAACUUACAAAUGUAGUUUUUGUGGGAAAACCUUUCUUUGUGGCACAGACCUCAGGAAACAUGGGAUAAUCCAUCCAGGAGCAAAAGCAUAUAAAUGUGAUGUAUGCGAUGAAGUCUAUGGUCAAAAUUCAUACCUUAAAUGUCACCAGAGAAUUCAUACUGGAGAGAAACCUUACAAAUGUAAUUUGUGUGGGAAAACCUUUUUUUUAAAAACAGGCCUCAGGAAACAUGAGAUAAUCCAUACAGGAGCAAAACCAUAUAAAUGUGAUGUAUGUGGCAAAGUCUUUAAUCAAAAAUCAGUCCUUGUGAAUCAUCAGAGAAUUCAUACUGGAGAGAAACCUCACAAAUGUAAUGAGUGUGGCAAGUUCUUUCGUGAGAAGCAAACCCUUAGAAGGCAUCAACGAAUUCAUACUGGAGAGAAACCUUACAAAUGUAAUGAGUGUGGCAGAGCCUUUUGUGAGAAGCCAGCCCUUACAAGGCAUCAACGAAUUCAUACUGGAGAGAAACCUUACAAAUGUAUUGAGUGUGGCAAAGCCUUUAGCCAAAGUUCAACUCUAUCAAGUCAUUGGAGAUUACAUCUGUAA